UUCCAGACAAUGCGAUGGACCGAAAUGUUGUUGGGAACAAUCAAAAAAUCCUCUCUUCUCCAUUCACAUGUUACUCAACAAUGAGUCGCCCAAGCAGUAAAUGUUUGCCGAAAUCUGGAUCAUCAGAUAAAGAAGUUUCGCAGAUCCAUGACAGUGCUAACGUUGAAAAGGAGCAUUUGGCAUCCAUAUGCAUACAUCUUUGCGAUCAACUAAGAACCAUUAUUAAUCUGCUCAUGGACUUUGCUGCGGAUGUUUGUGUUGAAUCAACAAAUGCGCGUAGUUUGCUUUGUGAAUUAGAGGACAAGGUAUUGCCGUUUUUGGUAAACUUGGAUAUCGAAAUGACCGCAUCAGAGAAACUUAUCCGAACAAACAUUGAUACAGCAAGGAUUAGUGAAACGAAAGUGGACUGGCUGCUGAAAUUCAAUAAGUGCAAGCUGGAAAUGCGCGAAAUGCUGGUCACCCUUUCUGACGUGGUGUACGAAGAUCUGGAACGGGUACUAUCGCUGAGGUGUCGAGGUUGCUGUGGUAUAAACUUCAAGCAAGAUUUGAUGAUCUGUUUACGUCAAAUGAAGAAGAGCACUGAUAAAUUGCAGAAACAAAUCAAAUUGGAACAAACAAUACUGACCUAUUAA